AUGCUUACAACGACAACAACUAUACAAAGAAGAUUACCAUUGGUCACAUCAACGUUUUUAAGAUGUUCUCUGACUCUCGUUCAACCUCCUCCACAAACCAAACCACUGAAGAUCUUGGACAUCUCCACUAAGAUCUAUGCCGAGACUGAUGUUGCCAAACAUGAUGAUAAAAAAUUCAUUACCCAUGCAUUAUUCCCCCAUCCAGAAUUCCCACAAGAAGAAUGCGAAAACGUAACAUAUACCCAUCGUGAACCACGUACUUUUGGUGAUAAGGUCUCAUUUAGAGGUAUUCAAUUUGUUAGAGGUACCUUUGAUUUCGUUACCGGAUACAAGAAAUCAAAGACAAAUGAUGUUCAUGAAUUUGAUGGUACUAGAUAUGAAAUGACUGAAUCAAAAUGGUUGACUCGUGUUAUCUUUUUGGAAAGUAUUGCUGGUGUUCCAGGGGCUGUAGCUUCCUUUAUCAGACAUUUACACUCACUUCGUCUUCUCAAGAGAGAUAAAGCUUGGAUUGAUACUUUAUUAGAUGAAGCUUAUAAUGAAAGAAUGCAUUUACUUACAUUCAUCAAAUUGGGAAAACCAAGCUGGUUCACUCGUUCAAUUAUCUAUGCUGGUCAAGGAGUUUUCGCUAAUGUUUUCUUCCUAUGUUAUUUAGCCAAUCCUAAAUUCUGUCAUCGUUUCGUGGGAUAUCUUGAAGAGGAAGCAGUUAGUACUUAUACCCACCUUAUUCAUGAAUUAGAUACUCCAGGUAAAUUAAGUAAGUUUAAUUACGUCAAGCUUCCAGAAAUUGCAAUCAAAUAUUGGCCUGAAUUGAAUGAGAAGUCGACAUUUAGAGAUUUGAUUUUGAGAAUUAGAGCAGAUGAAGCUAAACAUAGAGAAGUUAAUCAUACCUUAGCCAAUUUGAAUCAAAAAGAAGAUAGAAACCCAUUUGCUUUACAAUUGAAAGAUGCUAAUCCUCAACCUAAUCAUGGGUUAAAGGUGAUGAGACCAACCGGAUGGGAAAAAGAAGAAUUAAAGCUUUAG